UUAGCUCACUGAUUGAUCCACCUCGGAAAUAUUAGAAUCAUCUGCGCAGUUUUAAAAAAUCCCGAUGCCUAUAGCGUCCCCCGGACCAGUUAAUUCCAUCGCUGGGAGGGCAACUCGGGCAUCACUAUACGUUUGCGCUCCCAGGUGAUUACAACCGAACCCAAAGUUGCAAACCCUGCUCGUUGGUAGUGGGUGAGAUUCCUGCGACCUUCCCAAGAUGGCGGCUACCGGGCCGCUUCCGCUUGGACGUGCGCCGGCAGGAGGAGGGCUUUCCGGGCGCGCACGCGCGUAGCGUCACUUCGCCCCUGGAGCCAAGCUCCCUUUCCCCCGCCUCCAUUUUGUUCGCGGACGCUGGGGACGGUGGGAGCGGAUCUAUUUCCGGGUUGGCAAAAGGGGCGGCGGCGGCGAGAAAGGGAGCUCGCCGGGCGGGGGUCGAGCAGAACGGGACCCAGUCGGAGAGGAGGCGGCGGAAGGUUUGCUCCCGGAGCCGCUGUGGCCAGGUAUAUGAGUGACCUAAAGCUGCAAAUUAAAACGGAGAGAGAGCAGUGUCAACUGCGAGCUGGGCAAGGAUGCCAAUUCCUCCUCCCCCUCCACCCCCUCCUGGUCCUCCUCCACCUCCCACUUUUAAUCAGGGAAACACAGAGCAGAUCAAGCUGAGUAGAGAUGAGCAGCGGGGUCGAGGCGCCCUCCUACAGGACAUCUGCAAAGGGACCAAGCUGAAGAAGGUGACCAACAUUAAUGAUCGGAGCGCUCCCGUCAUUGAGAAACCCAAAGGAAGCGGUGGUGGUUAUGGCUCCGGAGCAGGUGCCCUGCAGCCCAAGGGAGGUCUCUUCCAAGGAGGAGUGCCGAAGCUCCGCCCUGUGGGAGCUAAGGACGUUUCAGAGAACCUAGCUGGUAAGCCAGCCCUGCACGUUCCCAGUUCUCGAGCUGCUGCCCCAAGGCCUCCGGUGUCUACAGCCAGUGGGCGCCCUCAAGAUGAUACAGACAGCGGCCGAGCCUCACUCCCAGAACUGCCCCGGAUGCAGAGACCUUCAUUACCGGACCUCUCUCGGCCUAUCACCACCAGCAGUACGGGCAUGAAGCACAGCUCCUCUGCCCCUCCUCCGCCACCACCAGGGCGGCGUGCCAACGCACCCCCUACACCUCUGCCUAUGCACAGCAACAAAGCCCCAGCCUACAACAGAGAGAAACCCUUGCCACCCACGCCCGGACAAAGGCUUCACCCUAGUCGAGAUGGACCUCCUGCUCCACCCCCUGUCAAACCACCUCCUUCCCCUGUGAAUAUCAGAACGGGACCAAGUGGCCAGUCUCUGGCUCCUCCUCCGCCGCCUUACCGUCAGCCUCCAGGGGUCCCCAAUGGACCCUCUAGUCCCACUAAUGAGUCGGCCCCUGAGCUGCCACAGAGACACAAUUCUUUGCAUAGGAAGACACCAGGGCCUGUCAGAGGCCUAGCACCUCCUCCACCUACUUCAGUCUCUCCUUCUUUACAGAGUAAUAGGCCACCUCCCCCAGCCCGAGAGCCUCCCAGUCGGGGAGCAGCUCCUCCACCCCCGCCACCCAUGAUCCGAAAUGGUGCCAGGGAUGCUCCCCCUCCCCCACCACCAUACCGACACGGGUCAGAACCUCUGAGCCGAGGAAAGCCCCCACCUCCGCCCUCAAGGACGCCAGCUGGGCCACCACCUCCUCCUCCUCCACCCUUGAGGAAUGGCCACAGAGAUUCUAUUACCACUGUUCGAUCUUUCUUGGAUGAUUUUGAGUCAAAGUAUUCUUUCCAUCCAGUAGAAGACUUUCCUGCUCCAGAAGAAUAUAAACACUUUCAGAGAGUAUAUCCCAGCAAAACAAACCGAGCUGCCCGUGGAGCCCCACCUCUGCCACCCAUUCUCAGGUGAAGCCUGGGCGGGUCCUGUUCCUCAGGAAAAGGCUGGACCCUCUCCUCCUCUCAGAUGGUCCCUCCCAUUCCCCCGAAACCUGCAUGAGAACUCCUCACGUGUUUCUCCAGUGCAACCAACCUCUAGACUCCAAGCGUCCGCCCAGCUCGCCUCCAUCUAUGCAUCUCGUCUUCUGGACUUGGUGAUUGGACUCUGUAUUGACAGUAGGGUCUCAAACCCUGCGUCCAUCCCUCCCUCUAGCAAUCCCUGCUAGCCAGAUGAGGAAACAGCUUCAUGUCGCCUGCUUUCCUCGUGGGGAAAGGUGCCUUGUUGUGAUGAAUUAACUCAUUGUUGGGGCAGGGCGGAGAAUGGUACUCCUACCUCCUCCUACCCACUUUGGGGGAAGCUUGGCGGGUAUAUUUUAUCAUUUAGGAGGCUGACAUGGCCAGGACUUGGGGGUUGGGGACAUUUUUAGUGAAACAAGAAAGGAGUUUGCAGAGAAGUGAUCUGUUUUAAAGGUCAAGUUUGAGAAAGGACAAGGGAAUGGGUCUGCUUUAUUUUCGGGGGUAUUUUGGUUUUGCUCUUACCCUACCCCAUACCCUCACUCCAGAGAUAAGUUGGAUAUAAACACUAAAUACUAAUCAGUUGAACUAAACAUCUAAUAAAAAGGGAGGGUAAAUAAACUGGCGAGCCUUUUAGUGUUAGUCAGUUUCUCUGCAGCAAAGGGACCUGGAGCCAUUUGAGUCCUCUGGGACUCUCUUUCCCCCUCCUCCCCCCCAUCUCCAUUUCCUCAGGGUGCUGAGGCUGAGGGAUGAUGUUUCCUCCCACCACCACCCAGGCGCUCAAGAGGAAAGUCACUUUUGUUCAUUCCACGUUCACAAACUCCAAAAACUUCUGGUGGGAGAUAGGAAGAUAGGGCUGGGGUCUUGGUCUUAUGUAAGACCUUGCGUCCACCUCGGUCUUUUCUGGCUGGCCCUGAAGGACAGGGAUCCACUCAGUCCUGUCCAGAAACUACACCCCUUGAUGGGUACGCCAUGGUGACAAAGAAGGGAAGGUGAAGCUUGUUGUAGAGUUCACAGCCCACUGACUGAAAAGGAGCUUCCUCUUCUUUUCUCUCCAUCCUUGCCUUUCCAAGACGGCAGGGGUGAACAGCAGAGUAGAGAACAGUGAGGAGGCUCAUGAGUCAAAGAUUCCUCUGUGCCAAGAAGCACAAAGACUUUGGUGAGAUGACUCUCAGCCCAGUUACCUUCUUUGGCAGCCAGCAAUAUGUUGUUUCUUCGUCUUCCAGGUCCUAGUUACAGAACAGCAGAAUAGGGCUCCUGGGCUCCACACACAGGUGUUUGGUUUGCUGCUGCCAAGUGCAGAGGCUACUCAAAGCUUGAAGUAAGAGCAAGGAGGCCAAGGUGAUUUUUUGGAAUGGUUGGGGAAAGUCUGUUAAAAAAUUACAUCACAGGCUUGAACUAUUUUAGGGACCUUUCCAGCCUAUUGGAUCAUAGACUGAGGAUCUGUGCGUGGUGCCGGAUGAAACCCAAGUCUUCCCAGUGCCAGAAGAGAGAGGGCUCAACUUGGGUUAUUUGUAUGGGUUCUGCUAUCCUUGAUCAUCUCCUGGACCAUAUUGACAAACAGUGAUUAGGUCUGUCAUCUCACUUCUCUAAUCAUUAUCAUUAUUUUCAAACCUGUUAGUAGUUACCUCCCAGUAAUGUCCCUGGCAUCCUGAAGUGAAUAGAGCUGAGAGAGGGGACACUAAUGGAGGGAGAACAAGAGUGGUUACUGCAGCAGAGUUCCAGGGUAGAUGCUGAUCAGUACUCAACUUGGACUGUGAAGUCUUCCCAUUUAUUUUUGAAAUGGGAGUUGAUGCCUUUUGUAUAAUGUUAUAGAAAUGUAUUUUUUUCCCCUUUCCUCAAACAUAGAACAUCAAAAUCAGUAUCACAAGUAAAAGCCAAACCACAGCUUUUCAUUGGGGCUGAUAUCUUCCUCCCCUUGACCUGCUGCUCAGAUUCCCCAGCAUUUGGACUGUGUCACGUGGGUAUUGGUGUAUUUUCAUUUUCUUGGCCUCAUGGGAAAAGGCCUCAGUCUAGAUCUAGUUGGAUGCAUUUUCUUCAGCGCAUGUUGGUGACACAGUACUUAUUUAAAUGUCUUUUGCCUUA